GUUGGUCUUCUUGAUUUCUUGGCAAGAUCGACACAUCAUGCUUCUUACACUGCUACAACGUGGCGUCUGUAAAGUUUUGUAUAGGCUUUCCGAAUACCAAUGAUCAAGUUGGGCGCUCCAGAGAACCCUUCGUUAUUAUUUGCGUCAAACCAGACGUAUUUUAUAGAAGAGAAGCUUCUCGUUCUGCUGGGGUAACGGCCCAAGACAGACAGCGAGAAGUUGUCGGACGUCAGAGACUACUCCCCCAAGUGCACAGCGCGAGGUAGAGGGCACACAAUGAUGGAGAAGCCUCCGUUGCCUAGCGAUGAGGAGGGCACUAGGAUGGGAGAGAGUCGGUCGGAGGCUGAGCUCCUGGACGUGGGAGUGCAGGGGACCUCUGGGGGUGCGUCAUCGUCGGGGGAUGCGGAUGACCGCCCGGCGUGGGACAGCAAGCUGCAGUACGUGCUGGCUCAGGUGGGCUUCAGCGUGGGCUUGGGGAACGUUUGGAGGUUCCCCUACCUCUGCCACCAGAACGGAGGAGGCGCGUUCAUGGUGCUCUAUGUCAUGCUGUUGGUGGUGGUGGGGGUUCCCCUGUUCUUCAUGGAGCUGGCUGCGGGCCAGUGUAUCCGUCAGGGCAGCAUCGGUGUGUGGAAGCACAUCUCCCCCAAGCUGGCCGGUAUCGGCUACUCUAGCUGCAUGGUGUGUUUCUUUGUGGCUCUCUACUACAAUGUCAUCAUCGCAUGGAGUCUCUUCUACAUGGGCAACUCCUUCCAGUAUCCUCUACCCUGGGAGCAAUGUCCCAUCGACAUGACCACCAAUAACACUGUAAAGGAAUGCUCAGGUAGCUCCCCUACCUCAUACUUCUGGUUCCGGAAGGCUCUAGACAUCACAGACUCCAUCAAUGAGUCUGGUGAGUUUAACCCCAUCAUGACAGGCUGUCUGCUGGCUGCCUGGGCCAUCGUCUGUCUAGCCAUGAUCAAAGGCAUCAAGUCCUCUGCCAAGGUGAUGUAUUUCUCCUCAGUCUUCCCCUAUGCUGUGCUGUUCAUUUUCCUCAUCAGAGGCUUGAUGCUGGAUGGAGCCAUGGAGGGAAUCGCCUACAUGUUCUACCCUAAAAUAGAAAUUUGGGCUGAGGUGCAGGUGUGGCGGCAGGCAGCCACACAGGUGUUCUUUGCCCUCGGCCUGGGCUACGGCUCUGUGAUCGCUUACUCUUCCUACAACCCCAUCCACAACAACUGCCACCGCGACGCGCUCAUGGUCUCUUGCAUCAACUUCAUGACCUCUGUGCUCGCAUCACUGGUGGUGUUCGUAGUGCUGGGCUUCAGGGCCAAGAACAUUGCCCUGAACUGCGUCACCCAAAAUCUGGGGCUGUUAAACGACAUGGCCACACAUGGAACCAACCAUCACUGGUGGCCGUGGUUCAACAUGUCUGAUCCUGCCUCCGUCACCAUACCUGAAUACAGAGAGUGGUACCAUCACUACGGCUCCCAGGUGGGGACAAACAUCACCGACUGUGACCUGGAUGAGGAGAUGAGCAAGGGUGUGGAAGGGACGGGCCUGGCGUUCAUUGCCUUCACAGAGGCCAUGGCCCAGUUCCCUGCCAGCCCCUUCUGGUCCACGCUCUUCUUCCUCAUGCUGCUCAACCUGGGCAUGAGCACCAUGUUCGGCACCAUGCAGGGAAUCCUCACCCCCCUCAUGGACAACUUCAGCCUGCUGGGACGCCACAGGACCAUGCUCACUGUGUGCAGCUGUGUUCUGGGCUUUGUGAUCGGACUUUUGUUUACCCAGCGCUCUGGGAACUACUUUGUUACGAUGUUCGACGACUACUCUGCCACAAUGCCCCUGAUCAUCGUGGUGGUCUUUGAGACGUUCGCUGUGGCCUGGGUGUACGGAGCUGACCGCUUCUUGGAUGACAUUGAGAUCAUGCUGAAAUGGCGCCCCCCGGUGCUGUAUAAGUACCUGUGGAAGUACGUGUGUCUGUUUGCUAUGGUGGGCCUGCUGGCGGCCAGUCUACUGCGAAUGGUCUUCAAACGACCGACCUACACAGCCUGGAACCACACCACGGCAUCAGAGACAACUCUGGAGUACCCAGACUGGGCCCUGGCCAUGUUGGCCAUGCUGAUCCUGGCUGCUACCCUGCCCGUCCCUGUUGGCUACAUUCACUCCUGGCUGAAGAACCGUGCCAUGGGCCCAGAGGGGGAGCUCGGGGGCCAGGAGAUAGACCGAGAGAGGUACACCAAGUGCAACUCCAGUGACGCCCUGGACUCCAACUCCCAGCAUGCCCCCUCGGUGGAGGAUGAUGGCCGACCCAGGGCUAGCUUCCUACCACUUGGCCUCGACCACUACAGACUCCUCCCACAACAGGAAGAUAUGGAGGAAGAGGAAGAGGAUACGGUGUGAGAGAGGGGGUUGAGAAUCAAGGGCUGAAGAGAGGAGAGCGGCAGUGGGAAUGAGGGUCCGAGCGAGAGAGAGAGAGAGAGAGAGAGAGAGAGAGAGAGAGAGAGAGAGAGAGAGAGAGAGAGAGAGAGAGAGAGAGAGGGAGAGAGAGAGAGAGAGAGAGAGAGAGAGAGAGAGGGAGAGGGAGCGUCUCUUGACUGAAAUAGUGGAAAGUACUCCACUUAUAUCCCCAGACUUUUAAUUGAUAAUGAAUCUUAAUAGUGAAUAACUAUGUAUAUGACCGUUCAUCCAUAUUACCAAAGAAAUCUAACAUUAGCACAAUGGAAUACCCUGUAUCCUUAGUGACCUAUCAUAAGUGACCUAUCAUAAAUUACCUAUUAUAAGUGACCUAUCAUAAGUGACCUAUCAUAAAUUACCUAUCAUAAGUCACCUAUCAUAAGUGACCUAUCAUAAGUGACUUAUCAUUGUACUGCCAAGUACUGUAACAAAUGCCUUAUGGUUCAAGUGCCGUAUUAACGCACCCAGGAUCCUAUUCCUUGAACUGUGAUGACAGUUUCAACUAACUGCUCACGGGUAAAUUAUAUGUAUGAAUUGUAUUCUUGGGUUUCUUGUAGUGUGACUUGAUUCGGAUCCAAAGACACACUUAUGUAGGUGAGGAGUUUAGAGGGAAGCGAAGAGGCUGAGUAUCAAGGACUUUAAAGUCCAACUUGUAUAUUGUAUAAUAAGACAAGUAGAGGCUCUGAUCCAGAGAGACACUUGAAAUAUACAUUGGAUAUGUUCAGGGAAGUAAGGAGAGGAAUUUGGGGCAAAGAUUGGGGAAGUUGUGAAGUGAUACUUGGUAUGACCAGUGACCACCCAUAAACAAAUAUCCUGCCACAGUAACUUGUGAAGGGUGUUUAGAAAAGAACAUGCCUUGUGUCUGAGGCAAGAGAACAAUCCCCAUAGCUGAGUCCCCACCAGGGGUCAUGUCGCCAGGCAGAACCAGUGAGCUAGGUGUCUAAUAAUAUAUUUUGGACAUACUGUAUAUCCAAUUUAGAAACACUUACUCAAAACAGAAAUUGUAUUUUUGACUCAUACUCAUACUAUUUCUCAGUGUUGAGUUUACCCAGGUCAACUGUUACUGUAUUUCUCAGUGUUGAGUUUACCCAGGUCAGCUGUUACUGUAUUUCUCAGUGUUGAGUUUACCCAGGUCAACUGGCUAACUCAUUGAUCCUGCCUGGUGAGAUUACCACCUAGCUCUGCGCAUUCAUGUCAAUAGAUAUAAACUGGGAUUUCUGAGUGCUUUACCUGUCAAACAAAGCUAGUAGCUGCAAUUGAGACUGCAGAGAGAACAGAACCCUCCACAGUUACAACUGGGAUGUAGACUUCUCAAUGAUUGUACAAACAUCAUCAUGGAAACACUUAACAUGACUUAGGCCUUAUUAGUAACUAUAAUGUAAUAAUAGAAGUAAUGAUUGAAUACCAGACAUGUACCCAGUUACGGGCGUCUUCCACUGCUUUACCAUUUAAAUUGUAUUUGAAAUUUGUAUUUGAAAAAAAAUACAAAUUCUAAUUCAUACGAAAAAGGGAAUCCAAAAGUAGUGACAAUUCCAGAACUUGUUUACGACCCUGUUAUUACAUGGUAAUUACAAAGAUUAUUUCAUUGAUAGUUAAUAUGGUAUAACAAGGUGAGGCCUAUGAAACAUUACUGUACUGGAAGGAUUGUUACACUUGGAGUCCCGCAGUCAAACAGACUCCAGGUCAGGUAUGGGCAACUCCAGUCCUCGGGGGCCUGAUUGGUGUCACACUUUUGCCCCAGCCCCAUGAUCUUCGGUUUAGAAUGCAAUUACUUUAAUCAGCCGUGUUUGCUAGGUAUGGGUGAAAAGUGUGACACCAUUCCGGCCCCUGAGGACUGGAGUUGCCCAUCCCUGCUCAAGGAGACUGGAGUUGCCCAUACCUGCUCCAGGGGAAUGGAUGACAAAAAGUGAGGGAGACUGAAAGACAGAUACACAGUCCUGGGUUCACUAAGACCUGAGGGUCAAAUAUACGUCCUGAGAUAGAUUAACUGCAGGAAAGCUGGGUCGUAUUCAUUAGGGCACACCGUAGCAAAACGUUUUGCAACAGAAAACGAAAACAAUUGUUUCUAAUUGUUCAGGUAUCCCCUGCCUGUUUCAGUCAGUUUUCUUCAGUUUGGUGCAUAAUAAACAGACCCUGUUGAGACAGUGAGAGGCCACAUUGGCAUAGAGCCUCUGCACUCCAGACAAUCAAGGCAGCUUUGUUUUUGUGUGUGAGUUUAUUACAAUCUUCCCAACGCCAUAGAGGUUUGCUUGCAGUGGCAGAGGAGCAAUAUGUUUUACUGUGUAUUGUGAAAAAGCUUGUGCUAUUAUGCUUCACUUUCAUCUUAGUUUGAUCCAUGUUGAGGAUGGGUUUCAGCUUAGCUUGAUCCAUGUUGAGGAUGGGUUUCAGCUUAGUUUGAUCCAUGUUGAGGAUGGGUUUCAGCUUAGCUUGAUCCAUGUUGAGGAUGGGUUUCAGCUUAGCUUGAUCCAUGUUGAGGAUGGGUUUCAGCUUAGCUUGAUCCAUGUUGAGGAUGGGUUUCAGCUUAGUUUGAUCCAUGUUGAGGAUGGGUUUCAGCUUAGCUUGAUCCAUGUUGAGGAUGGGUUUCAGCUUAGCUUGAUCCAUGUUGAGGAUGGGUUUGCAUGGACAACACCUUGGCCUUGUUAGCUCCCUAGGAACUGUGAUUAUGUAUGUAUGUACAGUUGAAGUCUGAAGUUUCCAUACCACUCGUUUUUCAACCACUCCACGUAUUUCUU